AUGCCUGCCCACGACAAAACAGUCGAUGAAGCGAAGAAGGGGAGGAUCAUCAAGUCUGCCUUCGAUAGUGAGAGCUUCGAAGCUGAUGGCACAAUCCAUGUGGACGGCCUUGUAGGCUCGGCGACAAUCUCACCAUCCGGUCGAGAUAUUGCUCUAGCAUCCCCCGAUGGCCUUGCAAUAAUUGAUCUGGACUCUCCAUACAAUCCGCCUCGUCGACUCCGCAGUCCUGGAAUGCCAUGGCUCGUCGUGGAUGUGCAAUGGUCGCCCUUCGCGGCACGAGAUUACUGGGUCGUCUCUACAGCCAACCACCGGGCCCUUGUAUGGAAUCUCAAUAUGAGAGAGGACUCAAGCUCCGGUCCGAUCGAACAUUCUCUUCAGGGACAUAGCCGAGCCAUCACCGACGUCAACUUUUCUGCACACCACCCCGAUCUUCUGGCGACUUGCUCAGUUGACGGCUCAGUUCACACGUGGGAUCUGCGACGGCCCCGCCAACCGGUUCUCACAUUCUAUGAUUGGUUCGCCGGCGCGACGCAGGUCAAAUACAACAGACAAGACUCCCACAUCGUCGCGUCAGCGCACGACCGAUGGCUCCAUAUAUGGGAUGAGCGAAAGGCGUCGAAGCCCCUACGCUCUAUCACUGCACACACAUCUAAGAUCUAUGGUAUUGACUGGAACCGAACGAGAGUUACCGGAAUUGUUACUUGCUCUUUGGAUAAAAGCAUCAAAUUCUGGGACUAUGAAACUGGAGGAGACGACCCGGAACACAUCAUCCGAACGGAUUAUCCUGUAUGGCGAGCACGGCACACCCCCUUUGGCUGGGGCAUUCUGGCCAUGCCCCAAAAUGAGCCAGGUGAUCUCUUUUUAUACGAUCGCCUCUGGUCGGACGAUUCUCCAAUCGACACUUCGCCUGCGCCUGUGGCUAUCUUCCCUGGCCACGGAGACCACAAAGCCAAAGAAUUCCUGUGGAGAAGCCGUGGUGGCGUUUCGGAAGCAGGUAUGGACGAGCGCGAGUUCCAAUUAGUAUCAUGGGGAACGGAUAACGAGCUGCGAUUACACUGUAUCGACAAUUCCACCCUUCGCUCCGUCAAUCAUGAAAAGGGGGGACCUGCAAGGAAAGGUCUCAAGAUUACUCGGAAAGGCGCGAGCUAUAGGACGUUCCGAGCGGUAGAUGAUGCACCAAACAAGGAGCGCAUAACCGGAACAAUGAGUGAUCAAAGGAUAACUGGAAAUUCUCAGCAAAGAAGCACCGUCAAUGCCGGCUCUCGAGUAAAUACACCCUUUCACCGCCACUCGCGGCCUGUUUGGCGCGGUCCUGCGAUGAAAGCUAAGGUGUUUUCAAACAAAAAGUCUACAGACAGUCAAUCAGCGAUUGGGUGGAUGAAAGGCAUAACGAUGAACAAGCGCAAGGCUUCAACAGAUAACCUUCGUCGGCUUCAGUCCAAAGACGGCAUCAUGUCUCAUAGCUUUCCAGAGGACCAGUGGGGUGGACCUGAUACCAUCCAAGAAGAGCUGCUACGCGUCAGCACACAAAUUCCCAAGGUCAAAUGGGACAACAUCGACAUGGACAGCUUGACAUUCAAUGCAUCCUUGACAGGCCCGUGGGGCGUCGACGGUGACUCCAUUUUCAUCCAAAUCCAAAUUGCUGUUCCCACAGGAUAUCCAAAACACAAAGCGCCCAGAUUCACCAUUGAAAAGUCUUCAUUCAUGCCAGAAGAGACACACAGGAAAUUGCAUCGCGAAAUACACAAACUGGCGAAUCAGUUCUUGCUGCGGAAGCAAAACUGUCUUGAAGUCGCAUUUACCUAUCUUCUCGGCGAAGUGGACCUGGAAACAAGCACUACGUUCUUCAAAAAUGUGCGUGAUCUGGACGAUGACAUGGAUGGCCUGGCAGAUGAUAGUUCGAGUGAGGAUGAGGAUCCGGCAGCCGCCGGGUCGGCGUCAAUGUCGCAAGAGCUUCCCCACGCCGGCGAGGUUGAUACGACAAUUGCUCCGCAUGGUCGUGCAAUAAUGCCUCCGCCUCCUCGCACAUGUGGCGCCCGGUUCUCUAACGAUGGUAAGCUCAUUUGCUUUUUUCCUACCAAGGAAGAGAAAUUCCGAGCAUUGUUCUCUUCUACCGGAGAAACCGUCAAAGACAGACCAAGAAAUGAGCCGUUCUUUGCUGGCUUUGGGCGUCUGUCGUAUGACCAGAGUCCGCGUCAGCGGGACAAUGUCGAGGAAGCGUCUGCUACUGAUGAUCAGUCAGCAGACUCUGAUUCAGAUCGGUCAUCCUCAGGAUCCUCUUCCAGCGACUCAGAAUCUACGUCUAUCCAUAAUAUGAAUAUGUGGUAUCGUCCGAGUCGCCAGCCAAAAAAGGCAUGGAGUGAAGACCGUUCGGUGAGAUCUAGUGGCGCUGGCACUGGCACUGGAACAGGCACUGGCAUUGGAACGGCUACCGGCACUGGAACAAGCCGGCGCCGCGUGUUCAAGGCACGUAACAUCAUAUCAAUCCAUGAUCUGCGUGCAGAUCUGCCUGCAAAAAGAGAAUUUGCUGAGGAAUAUGCUAUUUUUGGAGACGGUGCAGAUGUUUGCAACCACAAUGCGCGGGUUGCUGAGAAAUUCGGCUUUUCUGAUCUUUCAAACAUCUGGCUGUAUCUGGCUCUCCUCCUACACAAGGGCAUACCACUAGAAGUCCUGAAAGGCAAUGCAAAAUGCGACUCGAUCCUAGUCAUCGCGCGAGAUGUUGUUUCACGAGUCGGCUAUAUUGAUAAGAAUGCAUCUGCAAAUGCGUGGUCGCAUGACAACGCUCUUUUUGGUAGAGUGAGAUGGGGCCAGCAUCCCUUGGCCAAGGAUCUCAUUGCCAAUCUGUUUGAUCAUUUUGAGAGCAUGGCUGACAUUCAGAUGCUAGCUAUGCUUGCGUGCAUUUUCAGCGAGGCGUCGACGAACGACGGCGUUGCAUAUGCUGAGUCAAAUCUACCGAAGCAAGAGACACCCUUGCCGUUGAAAGCACCAUCUUAUUCUUUAGACUACUUCCCCGCAGAUGCUACGUCAUGGAAUAUCUAUAGCAGGAGCUACACCAACUCUGCCAUAACGACACCUGGGACACUACACACUCCGGUCAACUAUGCUAGAUCACAAGCAUCAGACGAUGGUACUUGGAACGCCGAGACAGGACCGAACUCUUUUUCGUGUGGUGAGACACCGCCGCCAAAGAACAAAGUGUUUUUCAGCGACCAAGAAGCCGGAGCAAUGCUCUCCAAGUCUCCAAAUUCGCGGCCAAUCCAACAUAAAGGCAACGCCGGAUUUGCGUCGGCAUUUGCUGCCAAUCUGCCCCGCUCAUUUACUGGAACAGCGACAUCUUCAUCGCCACCUUCACAAGGAAAGAAGAAGUCUAGUCCAGCAGAGAUGAUGCUAAACAGCAUCGCACCCCGCACGGGAAGUAGCGGUGGUGGGGGAACCAUAGCCGUGAUUGGCUCCGGUGGCGGGAGGACAUCUAUGUCGGACGACGAUGCUCAAACAGAGGACCUGACAGCGUUGGUUCCUACCCAUGUCGCAAUAAUUCUGGAGGACCAGAGCAUCUUUGACGACGAUGGGUGGAUGUCGCAUCCACUACUUGACACGAGGCUGUCAGACCUGCAUACUAACUACAGAUACGCUUAUGCGGAGCUGUUACAAAUGUGGGAGCAACCAUUGGCUCGUCUUGAGGUGAUGAAGUUCAACAUUUUGAAAGAUGAUGGAUCGCCAAAUGGACUUGGAGACUGUCAGUUCAGCGGCAAUGACAGCAGUAUGUUGCCAGGCAAGUCAUCACCUCUUGUGAUGGGCAAACAGGAUAAUUUGCAGGCUCUCCUGGCUUCAGGCCGCGGCCUGGACAUCAUUGGCCUUUGUCGUGUCCAUGAGACACAGCUAGAGCCACUGCAGUACAUUACCUCUGACCCCCGGGUUGGCGGCGCUGUUGGAACUUGCGAUAGAUGUCAGCAACGCCAAGACAAACUUCUCUGCGUAUACUGCACAGAGCCUGUCGACGCCUUGUUCCCAACCUGUCUUGCGUGCGGUUGCGCUAGCCACGAAGACUGCCUGGGUGAAUGGCAUGCUGCCGGCGAAGAGUAUUGCCCAGCAGGCGACGAGUGCAAUUGUGUGGAAGAGGCGGCUAACGGACAAGUAGAAUCCUGGGCGGCACUACAGGCAGCGAUGCUCAAGGGCCGACAGACGGUGGGCCUUCUCCCAGAUCCUGCGGUAGGGAGUGAUGACGAGGAGGUGGAGGCUGUGCCAGAGAAACAGCCACGGGGAUGGGCGCGUUUAGGUUUCGAUGCAGCAGGGAGCAGCAAAUCAAAGCUGCCAGGGACACCGCCUGUAUCACUUGGAUUUGGACCGUUCAAGCGGACAGCCGGUUCGUGGUCACGAAACACGGGCCAGAAGCGUGGCGGUCGGCGGGGAGGCUAG